GACAUCUGUGGGUUCCUAUGCUACCAAGAGACUGGAAACCAUUGAAUUUCUAGAAGCCAGAAAGCUUGACAAGGCCCAGGCCUCCAUGUAUCCUUUCUUGUCUAACUGUAUCUGUCUAAUAGUGGGAGAGAUGUCAGAGCAGCAGCAAUGUGUGACACUGAGGUUUAAGGACCACAUUGCCCCAGAUAGAGCAGGGACAAUAGACCCUCAGGUCUGAGUAAAGAACCAGCUGAUUCCCCCCAUUCCUUCAGAGCAUGGGUAGGAUCUAUGUCCAACUGAAAAUGAAAGGGGAAAAGAGGUGAGCCCAUUCCCAUUAAGGAGGGGAGAAAGGGUAGGUAGAGGGGUCACUUUGCAGUUUACUCUAGUUCCAGUGGUCGGUUCAGUGAGUGAUUCCCAGUUUCCCCAAAGGCUGCCCCUCAUUAGCAUGAACGGGGGUGGAGAAUUGAGGGAGGAAAGCAAAGGCUGAAAGCUCAGCUUUGGAUUCAGCCAAAGUGGUCUUCACCAUGCCAUCAGAGAGAGUUCUCUGGCUUCUCUGUCUGCUCAUUGGAUCCUCCUCAGAAACCCCAGUGACAGAGAGCAAAGAUUCUCUCUCAUACCCAAUAGAGAAGACCUGGGCUCAGGGGACGCUGGGAGCCCACGCUCCUGGGGCCUGGAGGAACAAAUGGAGGAAGGCCAGACCCCGGCCUCGGAUGGAGAACAGCACUGGGGCUCGCAAGGACGGAGCCCUGGAACUGGGUAGCCCGUGGCUCCUUGGUGGGACUGCCGUGCUACUAGACAAUAGUGUGAACAAGCGGCGCCAGUCCGGGCGGGUGACUUGGCCCAUGCUCUCGGUCCCGCGGUCUCAGGGGCGUCCCCUCUCUGGCGCUGGGUCUGCGUGGGUGGAGGACCAGUGCCGACCCCUUGAAGGGCGCCUCAACUCUCCUGGACGCACCAGCCCGGACCAGGAGGGAGAGCUCCUGAGCAACCGCUCGAAGGCUUCCUGGCUCAGUCAUCAGCAACCCCGCCUUCGCCCACCAGGCAGAGAUACUGGCCACAUGGAGAAGACCUGUGAGACUGAGUGCAAAUGGGAUAUGGAUGAAAAGGAAUUCUAUUGCAUGAGUGAAUUUGCAGUGAAUGGAAUCGUCCAUGAUGUGGAAGUGCUUGGUGAAGGCAUCCGGCUGGUUUCUCUGCUGGUCAACAGUCAUGGUCUAUACAAGACAAACCGCCUCUAUAUCACUCCAGAUGGCUUCUUCUUCAGAGUUCACGUGCUCGUAUUGGAUUCCUCCAGCUGCAAUAAACCAUAUGCAGAUUUUAAAUUUGGCAGCAGGUAUAUAGUAAUGGGUCACAUCUACCACAAGAGAAGGCAGCUCUCCACAGCUCUGCUGCAGGUGUUACAAGGGCGCCUAAGACCUGGAGAUGGAUUACUCAAGAGCAGCAGCAAUUAUGUGAAAAGAUUCAAUCGCAAAAGGGAUGAGAAAAUCCAAAGGGCAGCUCAUACCAAGUGUAUCUGAAUCCCCUUCCAAAGCUUUUCGGAGGCCUUGGCUCUGUUGGGAUUCAUUGACUCGAAGGCCAUCUGCCUUCAUGCAGCCUAGCCUUUCUCUGGACUGGGCCCCCAGCGCUUCCUUGGGAACCCUUGGAGCUCAGUAAUUAUGAACCAAUCAAGUAUUCCUUCCAGCACUGCUAAUGCUGAGCAUGUUGUUUCUGAAUAUAUUAAAUGCCUCUACAUUUUUUUAAAGUUCAAUUGCAGGUAUACAAAUAUAGUACAAAGCAGCGAUUCACAGAUCUGUGAUAACUGGCCUGUUUGAUUUAUAAAUUACUGCUUCUUAUUCACCUUAUUUUUUAGGGUUAUUUUUUACUAUGUGUUCUGUUGCUUUAAAUGAAAUGUUAUGAUUGUCUAGGAAAAAUAAUUCACAGAAAGUAUUUUCUUUUUAUUGAACUCUAAAAGUUUAACGUUUUGGGGGGGCAUAACUUAUCUAAAUCAUUUAAACUUAUCAAGUUUUACAUCUCAAAUAUCACUUAACAAUACAUUUUUUGGGAGAGUGGGCUCUCCCGUUUUCAUCUGUACGGGGAGAUCCCAGAGUGGAGAAACUUCUGGCCAUCUGAUUGAUGGGCAGCUGUAUAGUCUUAGAGAGUUUUCUGGGGCAUUGGGAGGUUGUUUCCUACUCCUAGUUGCAAAGACUAUUUUCAAAAGCAGGACCAGGUCCGAGUUCUUCCUUACUCUAAGCCUGAUCCUCUAACCACUUGACCAUCCUGCUUCUCUAGUAAUAAAUCGACUCGCCUGAAGAAAUAUAAAUAUGAAACUUUUUUGAGAUUUUAUAGAUCCCCAAAUCAGUCAAGUACUUCUUAAUAAUCUGCCAUGUGCCAGGAACUGUCCCAGGUUCUGAGGAUGGAAGUACAAAGAAAUCAGUGCUCAGGAUAAGUAUUUAAAUUUCACCUUUUAAAAAAUUUUGAGAUUACUGAAGGAUUUAAACAAAAUUUUAUGUACAUGAGUAUUUCUGAUAGGACAAACAUACCUGGUGUACUUUCAUACUUGGCCACUUUUGAUAAUUUACAUCUGUGCUAAACUGUCUUUCUAAAAGAGGUAAAAUUAAUUUUGCGUGUAUUAGAUAUAAUUUUUUAAAAAUUUAAAAUAAAGACAUAGUGUCAUGUUUAUGAUUGUAAAAUAGUAAAUCUUGUGUAGUUGUCAAUUUUUUUUUUCAUACUUUUUGUAUUCACCUUUUUCCCUCCUCUCGCUCCAAUAGUCCUGGAAAGACUAUUCAUGAAUGAUAGCCCAGUUGCAUGGAUUUUAAAGUUUCAAAUGCUUUUCCAUUAGUUAAUUAAUUAGUAGUGAAUCACUCAACAAGCAUUUAUUUACUUCUUCAGUGUGGAACACUACAUAUA